AACAGUAAGCGCUUUGCCUGGCACCCCUUAGGCAGCUAACGGAAAUCUCUCUGAGCCACUAGACUCCAUUUGAGGGUCCCGACAGUGCAGAAUUGCGCCUCAUGGGCUGUUACCUUAGCCGGCCUCGCCCUCGCCCGUCGUCACCUGCUCUGCCGGGCGGGGACCAGCCAGAGAGCCCCGAGUGCCUCGGGCCCGCGCACACCGCCAGCCGUGUUCCCCCAGCUUGCCGGGUUCACUCGGGGGCCCCAACUCUGGACCUGGCUCGCAGGCUGUCCUUUGAGGGUCUCAUGGCUUCACCCCGUCGUCGUCUGUACCGUCGCGGGUUUGUCCUAGUCCAUCGGCGGCAAUAUUCAAUCCAGCAAGCCCGGUGUUUAUUUUGGGGUUUUUUUCCCUCUGUGCCCCGGAGUGGCCAUCAGAAGCCAUUGCCGUCUGCUUGCAGUUCCAACAUGUUCUACACCUCAGUAAUCCUGAGGAUGGCAUCCACAAAGGGCAAACUGACGCUCCGUUUGCCUCUGAAGCAGACAGUCAUCUGUACAUGGUCUUCAUUUUCUGUUCACCUCCCAAACCUUUGUGUAAAGGAGAUUCUGGUGAGGGCCCUAGAAGAGAGUGGUCAACUGAGAGGAAAGGAAGACAAGGACCUGACAGCCUUGGCUGAGAGCAGAAAGGGGCUAGCAAAGCAAAAGAAAGAGCACUCAGCCCAGGAGAGUCAGGAUAAACAGAGAAGGGGCUCGAAUCCAGGUGGGAAUGCACAGUCCGCGUUUAGACGCCUCAUGAUCAACGGGGUCCUCUCUUCCUUUGUGCCCAGGCCUGGACCUCUGGUUCUCUGUUCCAAGAGCUCGGAAGAUAUCCUGAUUAGGAAAUCCCAGACCUACUUUUUGAGUUCACGCAGCAAACGAAAUGCCAUCACCAGUUCAUACAGCUCCACAAGAGGUUUCCCACAGCUCCAGAGGAGUGGUCCAGGCACAGCUGGACUCCUGGGCCCAGAGUCAUCGCAUCUUCAUGAGCUCUCAGAGAAAACCAGCGAGGAAGGCCAUCGGCCUAACCCUUCAGCCUCAAUGGAACCUCAGAGGAAGAUCGAGGAUGAAAAAAUUGCAGAUGGCCACUUAAGAAAGAAACAAAACUUAAAUUGGUCACAGUCAUCAGACAGUUCCAGGCCCCGCAAACGCAAGAUUCCUCUGCUGCUACCCACCAGGAGAAAUGGCCCACUGAUCCUUCCCCCACCCCUCCAGAUAGGUUAUCCAGUCACUGCUGAAGACCUUGACCUAGAGAAGAGAGCUGCAAUCCAGUGGAUUAACAACGUCUUGGAGGGAUGAUGGAACUAAGACCCUAAACGAUCAAAUGACUUGAGAAUAGUGACAUCAUGAUUCAUCUGCAUAGGCUCCAAUCUUCAAACACAAAUACCUAAGCUGUACUCUUUUCUUGUAGUGCAAUAUCACAUUCCAUGUAGUCAUUUUGAUACUUAAAUAAAGUAAUCAAUCUGAAGU